AAAAGAUUGUGCUGUAUCCCUGGCAAAGCGCCGUUAUAUGAAAAACCUUGCAGAAUGAGUGAAAUGAAUGCGCUCAGCUGCGUGGGACAGGAUGAUAUAGUCUCCCUGCGAAUCGUCUGCACAAUGGCACGCGAUGGCAGACAGUACAACCUCGAGGAAGUGGACAGCUACGGAAACACCGCCCUCUUGAAGGCCUGUUAUUUGGGAAGAUUUGAUUGUGCCCGCACACUUCUGGAGUUUGGUGGAAAUAUCUUCGCCAUGAACUAUUUCGGUCAAAAUGCUCUUACUCUGGCGAGCUAUGCUGGCCACUUGCCCUUGGUUAAGGAGCUUUUAAGACGGCGAUCCUAUAUGGACUUCAACCUAUCCUCAAUGAUCCCGGCUCUCUGCGUGGCCGUAAUGCAAAAACAUUCCGCCCUGGAGGCAUACUUUACUCAAUUGGAUCCACAGGGAGUGCAGGAAACUCAAACAGUGCAUGGUCUGGGAGUUGAAGAACUGCGAGGAAUGAUGAGACAAGCAGCACGUUUGAACAAGCAAAAAAGGUCAGCGCCCCGAGCUUUUAUAAGUAAUAGUCUCCGUUAAAAAUGUAUUACAUUUAUAAUUUAAAACUUUGUAAUUUGUCUAUUUAAAAAAUAAAUUCCUGUCGUUAGA